AUGAGACUGACCAAUUGGCGCUUAUCUCCGGGAGGAGAGACCUUUGCGUACGGCGGAGAUGAGGUAGAGUUAUCUGUUUGGAAUACCGAGGCAGCGUUCGCGAAACGACCAGAAGACAAGUUAAGCAACGAAACGAAAAAACGGAAACGAGGAGACCAACUGCUCCCAGGAGAAAUUUGGCGAGCGAAAAAUGUUCCCCACGAUGGCCUGAGUUUACGCCAACCCGUCAAGAAUACCUCACUUGCAUACCUCCAACCAGCAGGCUCGACAUCUCAUUGCCACAUCUUGGCUGGGACUCAGCAAGGAAAUGUGCGCAGAUACGACACACGUGCCGCUCGUCGGCCAGUGGCAGAUUGGAAGGGUAUCGCAAAAAUUGGCGGUAUCAGCACUAUUGAAAAAGGUCAUGAUGAGCACGAAGCUUUCGUGGCGGACCAUGGCUGUAACUUAUUUGCAUUAGAUUUGCGCAAUGGUCGUGUUUCCUACGGAUAUAGAGGCCUUGCAGGUUCAGUGAUGUCCAUGGCUCCCUCUCCCUCCUUCCUUGCUUCAGUAUCCCAAGAUCGCUUUCUACGCCUACACAGUACAUUCCCACCCCCGGCGCAGGCUGGUUCGCAGCAAGAGCAAAAAGGGAAUGUCGUGGAUAAGCAAUUUAUGAAGACCAAUCCCACCGUGAUUGUUUGGGACCAGUUUACCGGUCACCUAGGCGAUGCGCGAGUGGAUAGUGAUACGGAGGACGGCGCUGACGAUGCUGUUUGGGACGCGAUGCAAAAUGUUGAAGAUGUGGACGAGGAGGAGGAAGGCGGACAGAAACGCAAGAGAGGCAGGAAGCCGAGCCACCUAGUACCAUGA